AUCUUCUGAGAUUAGCAGGGCUUGUAUUGGUAUCAUUGGCUGGUUUGUACGUGGGGAACUUAUGUGCUACUCUUGUACCUGAAGUGACAAUAACAGCAUCUAUUGCUAAACUUCAAGACAUUGGAAAGAAACCAGUGUUGAGGGCUCCAGUUCCAAAAAGGCAGAAGUGUGAUCACUGGUCUCCCUGCUCACCUGGGAACUAUGCCUAUCGGGUUCUUAGUGGUGGUGGCAAAGGAAAGCUGGCUAAAAUUUGUUUUGAGGAUGAGCUGCUUAUAAGUGAAGAGAAGAGUAAUGUUGGAAGAGGUAUAAACAUUGCCAUUGUGAAUUAUAAAACAGGAAAAGUUACGUCGACAAAUUUUUUUGACAUGUGGGAAGGAGACCAUUCAGGAGAGAUGAUGGCUUUCAUUAAAAACGCACCAGAAGGGUCCCUUCUGUUGAUGGUGACUCAUGAUGAUGGAAGCACCCGGUUAAAAAGUGAUGCCAAAAAAUUAAUAGAAGAGCUGGGAAGUAAAGAAAUAUGGAAUAUGAAUUUCAGGUCAAGCUGGGCUUUUAUAGCUGCCAAAGGCUUCAAUCUGCCAGAUAAUAUCCAAAAAGAAAAGAUAAACCACUCUGACAAGAAGAAGAACAGAUAUGGUGGCUGGCCAGCUGAAAUCCAAAUAGAAGGCUGUAUCCCAAGAAACCUGAUAUGA